AUGACAGCAGAGACUGGAACUUACAGAUGGAUGGCUCCUGAGGUUAUAAAUCAUCAACAAUAUGAUGAAAAGGCGACAUCGAAGUGGAAGCAAGAUCAGAAAGACCUGGGAGUGAAAGGGACAGGGAAAAGGGUCGUGAUAGAGAGAAUAGGUGUUGUGGCUAAACCUUGUGCUGAGUUUGUUGCUGGAGUACUUGCAAUAUGGUUAAAUGCAGGUGUAGCUGUUCCACUUGCACUCAGUUACCCUGAAGCUGAGUUGUUACAUGUCAUGACUGACUCGGAUGUGUCCAUGAUUUUGAGUACUGAUGAUCACAGGGAGCUUAUGCAAAAAGUUGCAGCUAAAACUACAGCUCAAUUUUCUCUAAUACCAAAUGUUCCUACUAUGACUUCACAAGCAGUAGAUAAUGGUGUUGUACAUCAAAAAGAGAAUGUAUUUGCAAAUAACAUAAAAGACGAUGAUCCAACAUUGAUUUUGUAUACUAGUGGAACAACUGGGAAACCUAAAGGAGUUGUUCAUACACACAGUAGCAUUUUAGCACAGGUUGAAUUUAUGUCAAAGUUUAGUGUGAUUGGUAUUUGGAAAAGAUGGCGUGAAUCUUACCCAAAAGAUGUCUUUAGUGGUCGUGGCCAAGAGCAUCAAGCAGAUUCAUCUAAGGAUCUGUCUUCUAAAAUAAGCAAUAUUGGUGCCAGGGUUGAUGAAAGCGAACAGCUGUCGAGUUAGAAGUGGAAAAGAAAGCUCAAGCCGAAAGAGAUAAGAUGCUGAAAAUGCAAGUGUUGUAUUGUUCAUUUCAAUUGUUAGUAUGAAACAUAGAAUAGAUUAGAUGAAUGCAAAUUUAUAU